GAGACGGGAAGCCGCAUUUACGACGGUUAUGACGUACACGGAGGCGGCGGGGCCGCGCGGCAGCUUCACUUUACGGCAGUGCCUAGGUUGAGAGUGGAAACGGCCUCGAGUGGCUGGCUGUAUGUCGGAGCAGCCAGUGGCCGGCUUCCCCACUUCGGCAACGAGUUGAUCUCUCUCCCCCUCUCCUGCUUCCUCCCGCACGCUUCCACCCUGCCUGACUGUGUGGAUGUCGGACUCUGCUUGACAGGUCCCGGUCCUGUGCAGCCUGGCCUGGUGUGGUCCGGUCGGCUGUGGGAUGUGUGAGUGCUGAGGGCGGGCGGUGAGUCCCCUCCUGGUUAACCCCCCUCCCGCCCCGUUCUCCCGGUUAGAUCACUUUCUCCCUCCCGCUGCUUUUGGCCCUCAUGCCGACGCUGCGUUUCUCCGCUCUUUAGGAUGUCUGAUGUACCGCCUGGGCCUAGCGUGCUGUCCCCAGCCCCCACUGACAUCUCGCCCCUCUCCGCUACUCUCAACCACUCGGGAGUGUACGGCAAGGUCCCGGGACCGCAGCCAGGAGGGGGCGGCGAGCAGGAGGAGGAGGAAGCGACUGCUGUGGACGGGGCUGGCCAGGAACGCGGCGGGGAAGGCGGACCACAUUCGGCGAACAGUGUCGGAAACUACCCGGAGCCUAACCGAGCCAAGAAGGGCGUCCUGCACCUUCACCACCAUCACCACCACCAUCACCACCACCACCAGCAACAGCAGCAGCGGCUGCUCAACGGCUGUGUUAUAAACCCUGAGCUCCACUACAAGGCGGAGUGCAAAGGCCGCCUAUCCUGCGCUGAGGCCGCCACUGCCGUCGAGUUUCACUCAGGACUGUCACUGUCCGAAGGAGGCAGGAGGAAAGCCGACGGCAAAUAUUGUGAGAGUCCCAACGUGAAUCAUGCGAGUCAAAGGACUGCUGAGGCGGCCGGGCCUGACACACUCAACCCCAGAGAUGGACUCGAUCGGAUUGGUAUCGGCCCAGAUGACGAUGAGCAAUACCGCCUGGCCGCCUCGAUAGCUGCUUGUAGUUUGCACCCGCAACAAGAGCCCGACUCGAACGACAGGAUACGAUAUGUUGGCUAUGAGUCAGAGUUGCAAAUGCCAGAUAUAAUGAGAUUGAUCACGAAAGAUUUGUCUGAACCUUAUUCCAUAUAUACAUAUAGAUAUUUUAUUCACAACUGGCCACAGCUUUGUUUUCUGGUAAGUGUGGUAUGUUGGUAGGGGACUAUGUAGUAU